CAUAUUCUCUAUCCAUUAUAAUGCCCUUCAGGAUCCUGCAUCUUAAUCUUCUAGAUUUUAAUCCUAUGACCGAGGCAUCUUACAAACACUCCAGAGGAUGAGAUGGUCAUGCAUCUCUACUGCCAGUGAAGACUUACAGGUCAACAUCUCAUUCCUCUACACCUAAUAACAUUUGAUUGGUUCUACGUUUCAAAUUGCAUUGGAAGAUCCCAAACCUUGUGUGUAAGGUUGUGUUAUAUGCUGGUGCCUGCAUGUCCUGUGUGUAUACGUGCGCUGUAGGGGUGUGCAGCAGUGCAUGCUCAAAAUGGUAAAAAAAAUAAAAUGUGCAGCUAGCUAGUCUAGCUGGCUGGGUAUGGUGUGCAUGUAAGCUAAGUGUGCAUGGAGCUAGAUGCCACUGUCUGUCUGCUAUCUUUUGUUGCGUUAUUGUCGUCAUUCAGGCUGUGAGAUGCUAGAGAGCUCAUUAUGACCUUUCAUUGCCAGUUUGCCAUCAUCUCUCUACACAUGCAGCCAGCCAUAAUAAAUCCAACCUAAGUCUUUCUUGUUUGUCAUUUCCUAAUCUGACUGCUCUAUCCAUCUGCAUCUUUUAUUACAGAUGAGGUGAAGGAAGAGCGGUGGAGUGCAGUUAAAAAGAGAGGUGAAAACACGUUGGUGAUUUCUGGUUGCACGAUACGGCCGUGGGAGCUUUUAAGAGGUUUAGUGAUCUGCAUUUACAGCAACCACAGUGCAUACAGAUGGAGCCAUAUUACGACAUUGCCAAGGAACCGUUUCAAGCUCGCUAAGUGACUCGUCGCUUCUCAUCAUCUCUCUCUCGUCAGCCAUGCCAUCGCAACGGAAUCUUGUAACCAGGAUUUGGUGCAGACGCUGAGAGUGCAUCCAAUGUGCCGCAUUAAAGCACCCUGCCCUGGGACGCUUCAAACAGCACCGAUCAUUACCUAAGCUCAAAUAGGUACGAAUCACAAACGGCCCUGCAAUUAGGACGUCACAUAAUGCGACUUAGCAGCAAUUCAAAUUGAGUUUGAUGCUAUUUGAUGGCAUGGCAACCCUUAAGUUCAAACAUGGAUAACAAGGGUUGUUGAAGACUUGUAGAUUAUAUUGAUUCUGGUGAUGCAAUUGACUGGGGAGUAAUUUACUUCAUACAUGCUCAUCCCAUUUUGUUCUGGAGAGGAGCCACAUCAUCUUCACACAGAAUCUGGGUUUGCAUCUCAGAGCAAAAAUUAAACGCAAAGUUUAUUACUUCAUCAAAACAAGAGGAGACAGAUUUGUUUUUACCACCAGUGACUGCUUGGAUUAUUGAAGCAAAGUCUUGUGGUCAUUGUAUGGUGAGUUUCUGCUGAUUCAGUAGGGCAGGACAUAUCUUGGAUGUAGUAAAUGUGGAUGGUGCUUAAGGACUCUAUUAAUUGCUGUUUUUGUCUUGUGCUACGAGGAACAGGACUGAUUGUGGAAUAAUCAGUGGUUGCUACCUGUGAACAUUUUACUCCAACUCAGUACUGGACAUUGCAGGACUACUCUCUGAAUAAUACGACUAGGCCCAGCAGUCAGUGUGUGGGGACGCUCUGCAUCAAGUCUGUGCAGGACAGAGUAGUACUGUUGCUGGAUUAAUAUACCAAGGCUUGACAGUCAGUGCUUGUGGACCUUUUGGACAUUACAGGACUACUUUGGGAAUUAUAUAAGAAGCUCCAGCGUUCAGUGGACUCAUUGUUCUAACUCUGUGCUGGACUGAGCUUUACAGCUCUUUGGAAAAUAUCAUCAAGACCUUGUGGUCAGUGCUUGUUGAAUCUCGACUUAUUUGUGUUUCUGUCCAGCAGUGGACAGAGCAUCUGACCAUCAGACAAGAUAGGGUGCACGAUGGGUUCGUCACAGUCCAACCGUAAGGAGAACCUAGAUCUCAAUGGGGAAGUGAAUUUUGAUCACUUUCAAAUCUUGAGAGCCAUCGGAAAAGGCAGCUUUGGAAAGGUCUGUAUAGUCCAAAAGCGAGACACAAAGAAGAUGUACGCCAUGAAGUACAUGAACAAGGCAAUGUGCAUCCGAAAAGAUGCAGUCCGGAAUGUUCUGAGGGAGCAAGAGAUCCUCCAGGCCUUGGAGCAUCCCUUCCUGGUCAAUCUCUGGUUCACCUUCCAAGAUGAAGAAGACAUGUUCAUGGUGGUUGAUCUCCUACUAGGGGGCGAUCUCCGCUACCACAUCCUCCAGGGAGUUAAGUUUGAUGCUGAACGGGUCAAGCUUUAUCUCUGUGAGAUCACACUGGCACUGGACUACCUCCGUACUCAUCUCAUCAUUCAUAGAGACAUAAAACCAGACAAUAUUUUACUAGAUGAAGAUGGUCAUGUUCACAUUACAGACUUCAAUAUAGCAACCAUUGUCAAAGCAAAUGUAUAUGGUACAUCCAUGUCAGGAACAAAGCCUUAUAUGGCGCCAGAAAUCUUCCAGACAGCAACAGAUGAUUGCAAAGGUUACUCUUACCCUGUUGACUGGUGGUCCCUCGGUGUAUGUGCCUACGAGAUGCUUAGAACAAAGAGACCAUAUGACAUCCAUGCGAACUCCUCCAUCGCUGACAUCCAGCACCUGUUUUCCACCAAUACUGUGCAUUACCCCUCAACCUGGAAUCCUUCCCUGACAGACCUCAUUAGACAGCUUUUAUCAGUAGACCCUCGUGAGAGGAUAUCAGAUCUAGAGUCUCUAUCAAAACAUCCAUUCAUGGCUGACGUAGACUGGGAUGUAGUGUUCAGUAUGGAAAUCAAACCAUCAUUUGUGCCACCUAAAGAUCAUCUUAAUUGUGACCCAACCUUUGAACUUGAAGAGAUGAUAAUUGAAGCAAAGCCUCUCCACAAGAAGAAAAAGAGACUAGCUAAGCAGAGUUCUAGAGCCAAAGACAGUAAAGAAAUAGAUGAAGAGAUGCAAGGAACAUUAGACACAUUGAGUGCAGAGUUUAGAGUCUACAACAGAGAAAGAUGUAGUAAUCACCAUGAGUUGCGGCACUCUCAAGAGCUUUUCAACACACCGACCAAGACCAUCUCAAAUGCUGACUCCAGCGUGGAAAGAGAAGAUGACUCAUUACCACAGGAACAUGAACAACUAGACACGUAGCCUUCAUCUAAUGCUGCCUUCCAUAUGCUAUGGACUUUCUCUUGAAGAAUGAAAACUUUGGAAGAAGGGGGACAGGGAUGCACCCAAUGCCCAAUGUUGGGACCCCUCCCUUUCUUAAUUCAUCUCUCAUUCUGAGUGGAAGGAAUGAUAUUUUGGGAGAAGGGUGCAGGUUGUAGAUUGUGUUGUUACCCUUCUCUUCUGUAUAUUAUUUAUACUUUUGUCUGGAAGGAAUGACAACGCUGGAAAAAGGGGCGCAACAUCAAAUGGCAUUUGCACUCUAUGUGCAUUGCUUUUUCGCCCUCUCUUUCUUUUUCCAUAUCCCUCCGCCCCCUCCUCUCUCUCUCUCUCUCCUUUACUCUGAGUAAAAUGCUCGAAGAUGGGUCUGAGGAUGCCUAUGUUGCCAUUGGUGAUUACUACCUUAUCUUUCUUAUUUCACAUAUUAUCUCUCUCUCUCUCUCUCUCUCUCUCUGUCCCUGUUUUUUUAAAUUUUUUUUUUACCUUUCCCUCCAUCUUGCCAAAAUGGUUCACAUUUAUAAAAAAAAUACAGUUUUUGUGAAAUUGAUUUAGUAAAGCAGUGGUCUUCUUUGGCAACCACUCCAAACUUGAGAGCAAGAACCUGACAAGCCUGCCCCCUGUAAUGCUGGAUACCACCAUCUCUUCUCAUCAGCUGUACGUCGCUUGUUAUCAACAUCAUAUGAAGUCAAAGAUAUUUUGAGUAGUAGUAUUGUAUGGUAGAACAUAGGAAGGCUGAAGGACUUUACAUUAUAGCAGUAGUAUUCGUUUUUCAUAUUGACUUUAUUCUAUAUAUUUCUCUGCAUUCUUGUAUUUUAAUAUCAAUGCUCUCCAUUAGUAGAAGGUCAAGAUGAAAUCAUUUGUGUAUCUUGUCUUUGGUCAAUUCCAAGCCAUAUUGUCCGCUGAUAAAAAGGAAGUCAACUCAUAGAAUAUUCACUAGAUAAAAUGACCUUCUCGCUCUCAGCAAACAGUAUUCCAAAGAUGCUCCUAUAUGUCCCUCAAUUUCUACUUUUGAAUAGAAUAUAUGUUCAUGAGAAAUAGAUAGGUGAGAAUUUUAGAAGUAAAACAAAUGGAAAACACAAAUCAUUGCAUAUGAUAAACAUGUUAUGAGUAUCACAAAGAUCUAUCUCAAAGUUUUCUACAAAAGUCAUGGUAUAUACCAAGCUAAGUUCAGUUUCACUUCCUUAAUAAUUACUGUGUUGUAGUUUCUCAAGAAGAUUUUGAAAUGUCCAAAGGGGUGCUGGAGGCAUUAUGUUUUCGGGUUAUCCGUCCGUCCGUCCCACUUUUUCGUUAUCGCAAUAUAUUUAAAGAACCACUUGAAAUGUGAAUUUCGAACUUGAUGAUAAUACUAGGAAAACAUAAAAAAACAAUCUGAUCAGAUUGUGGGUAAUUAGGUCGAAGGUCACAUUUGACAGUUUCUAAAAUUAGAGGUAUUACCCUUGUUAUCACAAUAUGUCAAGAACUUCUUGAGGCAUGAACUUCAAAGAUGGUCCAAGUACAUUUAGGGGCUAGUAGGUCAAGAUCAUAGUCGUAUUAAAAAAUGACAUUUGAUUAUUGGCUUUUUGUUUUCAUCGCGAUAUGUCAUGAAUAAUACCAUCCAUUUCCUAUACUGAAAUGUUAUUAUUCUCCAUAAGAUAAUCCCCACCACAGAGCUCCACAGGAAGAUGUUGCACAGUUCAAGUUAAUCUAAAAAAUAAAACUGAUACUGAAACUGAAACUGAACAUAGGCGUAUGUCAGAAAGAUUGACAGCAGAUUUGCAGAUUUUUCCUCCUCUAUUUUUCAUGAAAAAUAAGAUUGCAUUUUGUUCUCUUUAUAUGUCAUCCACAUUUAACUUAUCACAAAAUGAGGGCAUCUUAUAGACAUAACUCAAUAAUUACUCUAAUGACACAUCGUUCACAUAUGAGAUGAUAAACUACCUAAAAGAAAACUGAUUGGCUAGUGGGAUGAAAACAAGAUGAGCACAACCAAUGGGUUGUUGUAUAAUGUGUGAUCUGUGGCUUCAAAUAUGCAGAUUUGUGAGAGCACUACGUUUAUACUAUUGUAUUUUGCAGCGAUGGAUAUUUUCAUAGGUCGUUUACUAUGGCAUGUGUGAGUGAAGCUAAAUUGAGCAUCUCCCAUUCAAAUGUUUGUCAUAUAUGCUGGAGGACAAACAAAAAUGAUAUAAAAAUUCCUAGAUAUUUGUGUUGUUAUAAUAAAUGGUAGUAUGGAGAUUAUGUUGGUACAUUGUGCAUACAUUGCAAAUAUACAGCUUGAACAUGACAAGAUCGAGUCAUGGUGGGGAUUUCCAUAGCAACAAAGAAAACAGGUAAACAUAUGAUAGUAUUAUGUAUAGGUUAAAAAAUGAUCUUGUGCAUCAUUACUAGUACUGUGUGAUACAUAAAGGACUAUUGGUAGAUAUAAACUAGAUUUUUUUUGAUAGUCGUGUAAGCAGACCAUGUUGAGCUAUGUCGAUCAGUUCUUGUUGUUUUUGAGAAAGUUGUUUUGUUUUAGACUGCAAGUAACUUUUGAAAUCGUGAUAACACACUACUUGUUAAUGUCACCUUGAAUUAAUUUUUUUUUUAACACACAAUGAUUUUUAUUAUUUUAAUCGACCAUAGCAAAAUUGACCAAUUACAAAAAAGAAGAAAGAGCAUAUUAAUAUGUUAAGGCAUAUUUAGGUGGAGGCUUAGACUGUUUAGUGCAUAUUUAUGACUUUUGUAAUGAGAAAUCCUUGUUCUUUCUUUGCUUAUAAUAAUACUUGUUUCUUAUAUGAGAGAUAUUUCAUGAACUUGUUUCAUAAAUGUUGUAAUGUGAAAGAAAUUUGUUCAAAGCCAUUGGAAUUUGGUGAUUUCAGAAGCUCACAUAAAUUGUUCUAACUUGAUAUUACAAGUUUAUGUGCCAAGGCCUGAUUUGUAAAAAUAUAUUUUGACAGGAUAUAGGCAAGUACUUACUUCAUUUUUCAAUUUUGAAAAGGAUUUUGUGACAUGUAUAUUAUUGUAUUAUCCCUUCAAUCAAUAUGGGAUCCUAGACUACAGAGAUAAGAGUUCAUGCAUUGAAGGACAAUACGUGAGUAUUAGUAAGAUGUAUAAACAAAACUUAUCUCUAUCUACAUGUAUGUCAUCAGUCAUAUGGUGAGGCAAGAGGCUGAGUACCUUUAACAUGUAUGUGAUUAAACCAAACCAGGGCCAUUUUACCGCCAACACCUUAAAGAGAUAGUUGAGUUCUGUUGCAGAGGGCGCUACACAAAAAAAAAAAUUG